UUCAAGUGAAUCGGCGGUUACGUUUUACGAUUGGGUUUAUUUUGGUCGAAAUGGAGAGAUUUAUUUAGUUUUCCAUUGCUUAAAAUAAAACUAAGUUUGUGAGAAACGUUGUGUCCAUAAAAUGUCGGACAGUGAAAGUGACUUAUUGCCCAAUAAUGUGUUUACCUUUCAGAAUGAGAACACGACUGUGUGUGCAAGGGGCCCUAACAUAAACAAUGCCAAUAUUACAAAUUUGAGUUUUCGAAACAACGUUAUGACCUCAACCAUGCAUAUGUCCCGAAAUUUCGGAAGACAGCGCUAUGGCGAACCCAGUUUUGACCAGAGGAGUAUGUACAGCAGGAGAGAGACAUCACCUAUGUCUAUGUACAGUGGAUCGGACAUGAGAGGACGAAAUCAGUCGUACUACCACGGCGGGAUGAGCUCUCAGCGGUCCAUGUACAAUGGGAGAAGUGGAUCUCCCAUGUCAAUGAGAAGUUUAGAUUCUAAUGCCACUGUGAGUGCUGUAGAUAUUGCAUUAGCAAUAAAAAAUAAUAACUUCAAUAUAAAUGAUUUGAAAUUGAUCAAAGAAGCUUACGACAAGUUCAUGAAAAAGCGAAUAAGGAAAAAAAUUGAGAAAAGAAGAAACAUUAAAUUAUUUCUGAAGGGAUAUCGGCGUAAAUCUGGUUACGACUCUGGAGAACUAGGCAGUGACUCUUCCAUUAGUAGUGACGACUGUAAAUCAACCGCAUCAGCCAUGUACAGAGAUAAUAUGUCUAGUUGUAGAUCAACACGGACAGACAUGACAGAUUUUAGAAAGAAAAUUAAUGAAAGCAACAUGUAUAAAGAUUGUACAGAUAAUUUCAAACAAAAUGCAAUGAAGAAAAUGUUUUCCGUGCCUUCUGUGAAUGCAAGAGAUAGAUUCAAUACAUCAAAUGCUCUACCAACUAUGCAAAAUCUACCAGGACCAACUCAGAGAGAUCGAUUCAAUACAUCAAAUGCUUGCCCAAGUAUGCAAAAUCUACCAGGACCAACCCAAAAAGAUAAAUACAAUACCUCAAAUGCUUUGCCAUCUAUGCAAAAUCUACCAAUACAAACUCAGAAAGAUAGAUUCAACACCUCAAAUGUUCAGAGCACUAUGCACAAUCAACUCACUCAGAGAGAUAGAUUCAAAAAUGGCUUCCUACUACCAUCUCAAAGGUUCAAUAAAUCAGUUGCAUCAAUACCUAUUCCAGAAAGAGAUAAAUCACAGGGUAAACCUAAAAAUCACACAAGUAAUAAAUAUAACACACAAGAAAAUAAUGAAACUGACAGUGAUCAUGAAGAAAUAUUCAAAAAAGCUAAUGGUACAAUUAUUAAGGAACCUAAUGUGCAAGUAUUAGUAAACGAAGACAAUGUUAGUGAAGCACAGAAAAAUAAUAAUGACUUUGAGUUCAUUAAACCUCAAUUACCAGUAAAGAAGGCUGGGCCAGGCAAAAUCAAAGAAAAACUAAUUUCAAAGUCUGCCCCACCUUUAACAGAUGCUAUACUACCUCUUAGUGUACCACAAACAGAACCGACUGAUGAAGAGAAGCAAGUAACAGCUGAAGAACAACCAAAUACAACUCAACACUCGACUAGUGAUGUAUCAAUGAGACCUAGUUUCAUCAAGAGAAAGUUAUUCAGCCAAAAAAUGGAUGUCACUGAAAGAAAAAAUAUGAGCAAUGAUGCUAUAAAUGUAAAUAGUCCUCAGACUAAUGUUUACAGUGCCAUACAACAAGAGAAACAUAAAGCAAGGAAACUGGUUACGAACCAGUCGUGUCUUAGUCGAGAUGUGGCUAAAGAGGACAAUAACUUGCUGGAUUUGAUUCAUAAGAUAGUCCCGCCGGACCGCAUGAACGCGACAAAUGUUACAAACACAACUAGUAUAAGUAGCAUAGGCAGCAAAAAUCAGCAACUCGAUGAAGAUGACAAGUGGGAUGUGACUUCAGUAAUUUCGACAUGCAAUAAUGACGAUGUAAGCGACACCUACACAGAUGAAGAAAUAUUUGCAACGGAUGAGAACAAACAAGAACCAAAAGCUAAGACUAUUAAGAAUAAUGUAAUUAACUCUAAGAAAAUUAAUGAUUGUAAAGUCCUAGUUGAGAAAAUGCCUAAAAAUAUUAUGGCAUCUGCCAUUCCAGAUGUUGAAGUUAACAAAGCCCUUGUUCCGGAAGAUAAUGAUAAGCAUAAGAAAAGUGUGUACAACUGUGUCAAAUCAUUUUGGGAUGCUGACUUUGAAAGUGACAUAGAAACUUCUAUGCCUAAGCAGAGGAUAUCUGCUGUUAAAGAAAACCAUAUAGCUGCAAAGGAAAAUCUGGCUCAAUCAAAAAGUAUCAUCACAGAAGCUAACAAAACUGUCAAGAACCAAAAUCCACUUAACAUAAGUCUUGUAUCAGUUUCAGGAAGCAUAAAAUCUAAAACAAUGCCCACUAAUAACAUGGGAAAACUAAAGUUUAAUGUUAGCAAAAAUCUUAGCAUCAGAUCCUUUUUGUCACCCAAAGAUAAAAAAACAAAAUUGAAAGAACAAAAAAUAGAAGUAAAUCCGAAAACAUUAGAUUACAAAUCUCCCAAUGUAGAACCAGAGGUCAAAAAUACCAAAAAAUCUAAUAAACAGAGUACCACUACUAAAACAAAAAGUAAAGACACAAAUAGCAAGAAAGAAGUAAAGAAACCAAAUAAGAGUAUAGAUACUGCCAAAAACAAUAAAACAGCUCCAUCCCCUGACAAAACCAAAAAUAACAAAACAACAAGUAAAACUAAUAAAAAACCAACUCCAGUUAAAAGUAAACAAAACAAUAAAGUGACGCAAUCUGUAAAUAAAAAUAUUAAAAAACCAGUAUUAUCGCCAAAUAAAACCAAAAAUAAUAAUAAAAAAACUCAAUCUCCAAAUGAAAUUAAGAACAAAGAAAACAAUCAGCAAAGUAGUAAUUCUACUGAUAAAACUGUUGCUAAUAGAAGCAUAUCUUCUAGAUCUAUCAGGACGCCUAAAAGAAAAGCCUGCUGUGACGACGCCGUUGAACACGACAAAUCAACUAAAUCGAAUGGGAAUCCCAGUAAAAAACCCAAGUUGGUAGAGAGUAUUCCUGAUAAAAGCAAACCUACAAAGAAUAUAAGUGAUAACAAAAAGAAUGUGUCUAGGAAAAAGGCCCAACCUGUAGCGGACCUUUCUCUAAUUUACGAAAACGAAAGCCCCAAUAUGACAUUACGGUCAAAAAGGCGUGUAGAUUUGUCCAGCUCUAUAAACAGUUCUACGGAACUCGCUACAUUGAAGCUUAGAAAUCUGAGGACGAGGCGAGUCGAUUUAUCGUCAUCAUUAAAAAACUCUUCGCUCGAUGAUAAUGUAACAAUUAUAAAGAAUUCUCGAACUAAAACACAAGUAAAGAAAUCAACCGCGAAACCCAGCCAUGCGGAAUUACUCGAUAAAAGACAAAGGUUAGUAACGAAAUAGUGUCUUAAAAUAUGAAAAAUAGGUCUAACUGUAUUGUUUUGAGAUUAACUUCUAUAAAUGCAUUAACUACGUAUUAUUAUAUCAAUUAAUUAUUACGUAAGUGCUCUUAAUAAGUUGGUUGGUUGAAUAUUUAUGUAAGUUGCAUUUGUAUAGAUAUUCGGUGUCGAAUUUUCUCCAAUUGCUUUGAACCUAUAGUCAUAAGCACCAGAAAAAACCAGCAACUAAAUUUUCAGGUUCAUGUUAAAGUAUUCCGAUUGACGUACCAAGAAAAUAAGUUACAUAAACUUGCUACUACAACUAUAGGUGUUCACUUGUUUGUACUUAUUGUAUAAAAUUGAUAAUUAUGUAUCAUGUUAAAAAUACAUUUUGUAUUUAAUAUAUUAUUAAGAUCUAUAAGAUUUAUUAGAAAUAGUUUGCGCGUUUUUUCGAUGAUUUAUUUUAAUGUGUGUUUGUAAUGUAAUAUAGAUUGUAAUUAUAGCAUAGAGUAGGUAGAUGAUAUUUUUGUGAUGGACAGCCUAUCACUGAACGAAUGUAUUGAGUUAUCAACAAUAUUAUCGCACGUUACAAAUCAACUUGUAUUUGCUGAUAUUUACUGCUGUACUGUGUACUACAUACAGUACAAUAUUUGAAGCGGAUUAUUUGUAAAUUUCAGCGUCCAAUCGACACCAUCGUCCAGCGUCCAAAAUACUUAUACAGGGUGUAACAAUAAGCAGUUCUUUUUACACGUAUCUGAUGUUGAGAACUUUUGUUUUAUCAGUGUAAAGAAUUGCUUCGUUUAUAGUACACCCUGUUAAUAGAUUAACAAAUUAGAAUUUUUAAAAUAAAUGGGUAAUUUUAAAUGUCUUCUGUUAUCUUUUGUAGGCGCUGAACGAUGGGUCCGCUAGUCGGGUGCUGAAAUACGUCGUGAAACCGCUGGCUUACGGCAGUGAAAGUAUUUUAUUAUUUUAUGUACUUUUAAAUUAUGAUUAUGGAAUUUAAGAGACAUGUAAAAUAAAUAUUUGUUUGUAAUAUA